AUGAGCUCUCCCGAUGAGGUGGCAGUCCCUGCAGCCUCUGAAGAUAAGGACACCCCUCCUACCCGUGGUAUGAAUUUCUGGGAUCAGGUGUUUGUUCCUGAAGCCGACUUGGGCCAGGACAGCAGGAAGCGUUUAGGGAACCCAGUGACCAGCCGGAGAGUUCCGGAGAGUCCGAGCCUCUUCCCAGGUCCUCUGGAGAUUGGAGAGGGUGAGGGCAGCCUUCCAGGCCCUGAAAGCAGUGAGUUGGAGUCUGGGGCUAAGUUGGAAGCAACAGAGGAAAGAGGCAGGGUGCUUAGGGAUCCUGAAUGCCAGACCACUUCCCCCAUCGACGAAGAAGAGGUCGACCUGGACUUCUUGCCUCAGCUCAGCAAUGAGGCCAUGACUAUAAUGCGAGAGCGGACCAACCUUCAGACCCGAAAAGUCUGCAGGUACCCAUCCCCACAAACUUAUGCUGCUGAAUUGGCUGCCCUCUGGGAAAACAUAGAUGAAGGCUCCAACAGAAGGGCUUCCCUGAGCCCUGUGAAAGGGAAACAGGCCUUCGAAGGUGCACCGUACCCUAGAGGCCUGGGACGAGGCAGAGCCUGGGUGACCCCAAGAAGAGGCACCGUAAGUAGGAUGGCGAGCAGCGAGGUUGUCCAGUAUCCCUCCUCAAACACUGUGUCUUCUGAUGAGUUGAGUGACACUCAAGUGAGGAAAGUAACCACUUGCCUCAAAGAAGGAGACCAGGCCAGGUCCAGUGGCCUCACUGAGCUGGAUAACACAGGCAGACACACAACUGUCCAUAGCAGAGGAAAUUUUGUCCAUGUUCCCCCUUCUGUACUGUCUAGUGCUACCUGGGGACUCAGCUCAGGCACGGAAAGGCAGGCUUCAGGAGAACUGGAAAGUUCUUUGUUUAAGAAAAAGCCAAAUAUGGGCAGGGGCAAAGAAGGAAGCAGGUCCAGCCACCAAGGAGCUACUGCAGCUGCUGCCACUACCUCUGCUGCUGCCCCUGCCUCACCUUCUGCUGCUUCGGGUGCUCUGCACAAGACCAGUCCCAAAAAGAAGCAAGUACAAGAAAAGAACUCCUCCUUAGAUGUGUCAAGAGGACCCCAGGGGAGAAACUUGUCACCAUGGGGACAGAGACUCAAGUCAGCUCCUGUGGGGCUAGCCACCCUACCCCCAAUCUCAGGGGUUGCCCUGCUAGGGAAGGCCAGUAAAUGCUCACUGCCUUCAGGACCCAAAGAGUGUAAGCCCUUCUGCACUGGGAAGAAAUUCAUGGUAAAGAAGUCAAAGGAGACACAGGCAGGGCCCAAAGAAGAUAAUAACUCACCAAGAGAUCCUGGACUGCAGGCCCAAGUUCCACCACACAGGGCAGAGCAGCCUUCCGUGUGCAUGUAUCGUGGAGAAAUGAGCAGUGGAGACUGCAACACCAGAGCAUCUCAAGUUCCAGGAAACCUGCAGUUCCUGUCCUUAAGCCAGAGAUGUCCCAGACCCCAGAGCACCUGCCCUGCUGGUGAAGAAGAUGCAAUUGUGGGUGCGGUACUCCCUGGUGAAGAAAGACAGGAAGAACUACAAGGGACACCAGGCUGUGCUCAAUGUCUGAUGUUCCAGAAGGAAAUAGAUGAACCAAGGAACAACUAG